AUGGCUGACACUGUCAAUGUUCUGAAGUACCUCCGUUCAAAGACCCAGCUUGACCUGGAUAGUCUGGAUCUUGAAGCUGCCCGUAGCGGAGGUCCCGAUGGGCCGUGGACGGAUGCCACCUCCAACCCAGCAGAAUCAUACUUCCAGCUCCAGAAGGAGGAAAACAAGGAAAUCGUCGUGCAGGCUAUCCACAUCGCCCAAGAUCUUCAUGAGAGGUACGCAGGCGUGACGCUUGCUGAGCUUCGGGUUGAGAUCGCUACCGUUUUGCUAGCCAACCGAGUCCUGCCCUACAUCACCGGCUCCGUCCAUGUCAUGGUCAACCCAUGCCAUGCCUUCUCCACCACGAAAGUGAUCCAGACGUGUCUGCGAUACCAUGAGAUCUUCCACCACAUCGAUCCGCACUUUGACCCCUCGCGCCUCGUCAUCAAAGUCUCCGCGACCUUUGAGGGGCUGAAGGCCUGCCAUGCGCUGCGGGCCAAGGGCAUCCAAACCCUCGCCACUACCGUCUUCACGAUGGAGCAGGCAAUCCUCGCCGGCGAGGCGGGGUGUGUGUCGAUCUCGCCGUUUGUGCACGAGCUGAAGGCUGGGUUUGAUGAUACGUACAAAGAUCAAGACCCUCUCCUCGACCUCUGCGUCCAGGCCCAGGAGUACUACGUCCAGCACGGGAUCUCCACUCGUGUCAAGGCUUGUAGCUGCAUGUCCGUUGACGAGAUCCUGCAGAUGGCUGGGGUGGCGGCCCAUACGAUUCCGCCGGAAGAUCUGGAGAGAUUGGCCGGCAUGAACGAGGCGGUUGACUCGCUGGAGAAGAAGUCCUUGUUUCGGUCGGAUGCCUCUGUGGCAGUGCAGCAGCAGCAGGCUCGCAGCUAUGUCGAUGAUGAGGCGGGGUAUCGCGUGCAUUUUGCGGCGAGUGACGGGGGACGAGGCCAGAGUCGGUUGUUCCAGGCUAUCGCGAUCUUCGCGGACUUUCAGCAUAAGGUGGAGAUGGUGAUGGGAGGGCAGUAG